UUGGGACUUCGGGGAACCUAACAAAAAAAAACAUUUUUCUUUUUUACUUUUAAAUUCACUGGCGGCUCUACGUGAUCCGUCGAAACUUGUCGAUUUAUUGCAUAACUCAAAGACUUGUGUAGACCUCACGGUUUAAUAAUUCAGUAUAAAAUGCGGAUUCUGGAAAAAGUUUACGAUGUUCCGGUGGGUGUCAGUGCUCUGGAAAAGACAUCCUGUUUAAAGAACAUCACCCCUGUUGAUAAACUGCGAUGGCACAAAUUCAAUGUUUUGUUGCUGACCUUUCUGAGCUACGCCAGCUACCAUAUGGCUCGUAAGCCCACCAGUGUCGUCAAGAAUGUUCUCCAUCAGAACUGCACCAAUUUGACUCCGGACGAAGGUGUCAACAUCACCGGCAUUGAAGAUACUUGGUGCAGCUGGAGCCCAUUCGAUGGGGAGGAUGCUAGCACACUUCUGGGCGCUUUGGAUUCCGCUUUCCUCUUUUCUUAUGCCUUUGGGAUGUACCUCAUGGGUUCACUUGGUGAACGUAUUAACGUCCGCUACUUCCUUUCGAUCGGCAUGAUGUUUUCCGGAUUGUUUGGCUUUCUAUUCGGUUUGGCGUACUGGACAAAUAUCCACUCGCUGGCCUAUUUUAUCAUUGUCCAGGUUUUAGCUGGUCUAUUUCAAUCUACCGGCUGGCCUGGCUGCGUAGCUGCCGUGGGCAACUGGUUCGGAAAAAGUAAAAGAGGUCUUAUUAUGGGUAUUUGGCGUUCUCACCACAGCAUUGGUAACAUCGCUGGUUCGCUAAUUGCUGGCGCUUUUGUCGAAUAUUCUUGGGGUCUCUCGUUCGCUGUCCCAGCUGCCAUCAUCUUCUCAAUAGGUCUGCUGACCUUCGUCUUCUUGGUGCCUGACCCACGGGCCGUAGGCUGUCCCGUUCCAAUCCACAAUCUUGAAUUGACACCAUCAAAUUCCGAAGAAAUCGUAGCGACAGAAGAUGGGUGCAAAAAAAUCGACGACCAGGAUUCGAUUUCAGUCAGUCGGUCGACCAGCAACAGUUCCCACAAGGAUGAGAAGGAACAGGCCAUUAGUUUCUGGCGGGCGGUUCAAAUUCCUGGCGUCAUGGAAUAUUCCUUCAGUCUCUUCUUCACGAAGCUGAUCAACUACACCUUCCUUUACUGGUUGCCUACCUACCUGAAGGACUCCAGUGACACUUUGGGGAGCCAAGAUGCUGCCAACCUGUCGAUUCUGUUCGACAUUGGCGGAAUAUUUGGCGGAAUCUUGGCUGGACUUUUGAGUGACAUGACGGGCAUGAGCGCUUUCACCUGCGCUGGCUACUUUAUCCUGACCAUUCCUUCUUUGUUCCUUUACCGAGAAUUCGGAGGAGUGAGUCCGGCUUUGAAUGUUUCUUUACUGUUCCUGGUGGGUUUCCUGGCAAACGGCCCGUACGCUCUCAUCACCACGGCCGUCUCCGCUGAUUUGGGGACACACCCCGAGCUGAAAGGCUCUACUCGUGCUUUAGCCACGGUAACUGCUAUUAUUGACGGCACAGGCUCUAUAGGUGCCGCCGUCGGACCUCUUAUCGCCGGAGCUUUGUCCGAUCUUGAAAACGGCUGGGACUAUCUUUUCUAUGCCCUGAUGGUAGCCAGUGCUUUGGGACUACUGUUGUUGACGCGUUUGAUGAUCAACGAAGCCAAAGCCAGGUGCAAGAAGAACAACUGAGAAGAUGAUUCACUCCAAUUAGGGACAACAUGCAAUCAAAAAUGUGAUGAAAUUCUAACUCGGCCUUAUUGACACAGGUUACACGGAUAAGGAAAUAACCAAUUUUCUUAUCGAAUUUUCGUUUAAAAGUCACCAUCAGUGGCGCAAUAUUUUCCCUUAUUAUUAUUUAUAAAUUCAAACUUCCGACUUCAACAUGGGGCUCGUUAUUACAUACGUAGAGUGAUAAUUUAGCUAACCCCAUUAAUGGAAUGUUCAUCCGUUUCGUUACAAACUUUAAAUAUGUCUGUGCAAUAUUUGCCAAAGCAGAAAAUCCCUUUCUUCACUAAAUGUAAUAUUAUUUCCAUAAUUUUGUACCACUCUAUUCCAAAUACAUGAAUAUUACGAG